AGGAGACUCAUUUCACCUUACAGUUUAUAUCAAAGUUAUAAGUCGCGUUCACUAAACAUAAAACAACUACAAAUAUCACAGAGUCAACCGACGAUUACAAAGUUGGCAUCACGAAGGAGUACAUCCUUGACGUUAUGAGGGUUUCUCUCUUAUUAAAAGACCCUCAUGAUAAUGAGAAGUAUGAACUGGUCUUCCUUACGAAUGAAGCCAUUUGGAAACUUCUAAAAGAGGAGAUAAGUGAAUUUGAUGGUGCGUGCACCUCCACACAGCUUGCUAGGUGGAUAGCUAAUGAUGGAAGUUGGGACCAGUUGGAAAGAGAAGUAAUUGAUAAUACCCGUGUUAGAGGUAGGCACUUGUACCUCCUCAGAAGUCAAUACAGAACAGCUGCUAUUGACAACGUGGAGAAUGUCAACUCAUACAAGGCGUUUGCACAUGUGGAUGCUGAGAGGUGGAUGAUUGUGGGCUAUGCCAGAAAGUCCAUAUCAAAGGAAGAUGACACCGCCCGAUGUCGCCUAUUGAAUUUAAUGAUCACAAAACUCCGGACAAAGCUGUUUUGUGGCAAGGUAUUCGUUUCGCCUUUUUCCAAUGCAGAUGCGAAUUUGAAAAAAGAGACAAAAAUUAUGUAAGAUUUGUUGAUAUAUUUAUCAUCCGAGAUAAGGAUGAUCCGCUUGGUAGCCAUUGACUAUGCUGGGCUUACUACCAACGUGGAAGACUUGCGAUCACUUGUGAGGUAAAAUAAACGAACAGAUUUACCUUAACCGUGUCUUUAAUUAUCAUCAAUGCUCCCUGUAGUAAGCACAAGUGUAUCAAAGAAAUUGUCAUUGACAGAGGCCAUUGUGUCGAGGUCAUUACACGAAAACAACUUAUAAAAGAUGACCAGAUUCUCCAGUUGUUCCGCUGUCGUGUCAAGGCAGUCAAUCGUUCAAAGUAAAGCAUACUGUCAAUAAAUAUUAAUGCUAGUAAAAUUCACUAUCUUAUAAACUACAUCAAAAUCAUAUCAUUGCUUCACUUUUAACAGAAUCGAUUGUUAAUUAUAAAUGAUGCUUUACUUUUGAUCUUAAAUUUGC